AAAGGAUUUCCAGUAGCCUUGAUAGAGCUGAGGGGAGCAAAACUAAAGUUUUUACAACUUAAUGAACAAAAAGUGGGGCACUUGCAGUUGACCCAGAACGUAGAUCCCGGUGUAAACAAACAAACACAUCACAUAAUAGUACAACACAGAGAUAAACAACACAACAUGAAAGUCGUAGAUAAACCAAACAAUAAACGCGACCGUAUACUGGCAGAUGUAGAAAUAAAAGAAGGAGCGGGGUAUAAAGAAGCUCUGCAGAAUAGCCUAAUAGUCAAGAAGGCAGCUACACACUCUGUAGCAAGUGUUAGCUCGAACCCCAAAGCAAAACUAGUGGACGAAAAGCUUCACGAAUCUAGUG